CGGCAUCCCUGUCGUAGACAGGUAUUCUACACUUACUAACCAUGUCCAGCAUCGCAGCAUGCAUGACGCAGAUGUCCGUUCGAUAUCCGGGCCGCCAGAUCUUUCCCAUGGGCUGGCUAUCCCCAUAUCGGCAUCCCAAAUGUCUACAAGUUUUUGCAUCAAAUAUUCUCACCACUCGUGUGUGAUCCCUUGCUGCGGUUGAUUCCCUUCCGCGGCUCUCAGAUUCUGGUUCGAAGAGUGUGACCGCUUUCUCACGCGCCUCGACUGCCCUUCCGGGCGAACAUACUCGCUGCGAGGCCUGCGUUCCCAGCUUUCCCCCUACUUGACUCGCCAUACUUCGACAUCCGGCAGGACUCUGCACACAUACUUCAGUCCAUGCCAGCGUUUUCUGGGUUCUGAGCCCGGCGCUCCGGAAGACGGACGAGGCAUGGCUCGCCAAGAGGGGGACGGGCGGCCGUCCAGCCGUGGACCAGACUCGACUUCGAAAGCUGCGGGCAUGGACGGCGGGAAACCGAAAAGUACGGAGGAGAGUCAACCCGGAUCGGCGGAGGAAAAGAAGCCCGGCCGAGUGGCCGCCCUCUUCACCAAAUUGGGGCUCGAUGCGCCCACCGUGUGCACCAUGUUCAAAGGCUCUCUGCCUCCAACAAUCGGCAUCGCUAUGUGUCACGCCCCAGUGGUGGCAUCCUACUUCAUCACCCUUGGCUAUCUGGUCCCCGUCAUCAGCGUGUUUGCCAUGGCCAUCAUGCCCCGGGGCAAGUUCAUGAUGAAUCUCUUGCUCAGCCUCCUGGCCGUCUGUUUUGGGUCGGCCGUGUCCAUGCUCGCCCUCUGGUCCGCCGUGCAGGCUCGCCUCCACACCACCCCGGCAGGGACACCUCCCACUGCAACUCCGACAUACAAUUCGAGCCAGUCGGCCGUAUGCGCCGUCUGGCUUUUUGCCAAUAUCUGGUUCGGCAACGUUGUGCGUGCCAAGUUGCCCGCCUUCAACCUACCCAUCAUUAUUUACAGCAUCCUCGUCAACGUGUCAGCCACGUUCGGCCCCAUCAUGACCACCAGUGCCGCGGCUCAGCUCUACAUGCAAGAACUGCUGACUGCCAUGCUGACCGCCCUCGCACUGGCUUUCGGCGUGAACCUUCUGGUGUUUCCCGUCAGCAGCCGGGUCGUGGUCUUCAAGGAGCUCGCCGACGCCAUGGGCUUGCUAAGAAGAUUGGUCGCGCUGCAAAAAGAGUACCUCUCCAGUCUCGAAACGGAUGCCACCUUCAACGCCGCGACGCACACCGAGACCUUCCUAGCCAAGGGAGACGAAGAAACCGAUGUCGGGCAAAAGAAGCCAUCCUUGACGAAGGAGGCCGAAGCAGCGAAAGCCCUGGAGGAAACGGGGUCCAAAUUGAGGGAGCUGGCAGGCAAAUUGCAUGCGGACCUGCCCUUCGCCAAACGCGACAUUGCCUGGGGAAAGCUCGACGCCAAAGACCUCAGCGAGGUCUACACGCUGUUUCGCCACGUCUAUAUCCCCGUACUGGGCAUGAACACAAUUAUCGACAUCAUUAAGCGUUUUUCGGAACGCUCCGACUGGGAGAACCCUGGUGGCAUCCCUGACGAGACCGCUGAUGAGAAGGACAUUGAGAAGCGUGUAUGGAAUGAGGUCAUGAAACAGGUACAUGAGCCCUUCGAGAUUCUGUCCAAGGCGGUUGAUCACGGCCUCGAGCAUGCCGCAUUGUGCCUGGGGCUCGUCCCAAGACCCAAGAAGAGGUCCAACCCUUCCGACGCCGACGUCGAAGCAGGCGCGGAGCCUAUGCCUGGAGACCCAGGAUUUGCUAGCGUGCUGGAUAAUAGGGUCCAGGCGUUCUACUCGAGGAAGGGAGAGCUGCUGAGGAAGUGGGUUGAGGAAAGGGGCAUCAACUUUGACGGAGGAGCCGCCGACCAGCCCUCCUUCCGGAGCGAGCGCGAUCAGGUGCAGCUCUAUAUCAUCGUCUACUUGGAAAACCUGAUGCACGCCGCCGGCGAGGCCGUCCAGGACCUCGUCGAUUUUGCCGAUGAGAAGAUCCAAGACGGGACCAUGUCCAAACACCGGCUCAUCACGCCCACCGUCAACCGCUUGCGCAAGUGGGUCAAGGCCGUCUUCAGCAGCGAGGAUUCGUCCGCCGAACAGUCCCCCGACGCCAUGGAAACUGGCGCCAACAUUGUCGACUUCGGAGGCGGAUACAACCGCAAGAGGGAUCCUGAACAUCUACCUCCCAAGACCGCGUGGGAGCGCUUUGGCAAUGGUCUGCGGAAGAUCCCCAAGUUCUUCGGGUCCGAAGAGUCCGCUUUCGGUUUCCGAGUGGCCUGCGCGACCAUGACCAUAGGGAUCGCCGCCUUCCUGGAAAGCACCCAGCGCUUCUUCAGGGAGCAAAGGUUGGUCUGGGCCAUGGUCAUCGUAUCUCUGAGUAUGACUAUGACUUCUGGGCAGUCCUUCUUCGGCUUCCUCUGCAGAAUCGGUGGCACAAUCAUCGCCAUGUGCCUCUCUCUCAUCGUCUGGUACAUCGUGGAUGGCCACGUCCCCGGAGUCAUCGUUCUCCUGUGGCUUUCCAUCUUCAUCAACUACUACUUUAUUAUCAAGUUCCCUCGUUUCCUCACUGCCAUCCUGAUCACCAUCGUCACCCAGGUUCUGAUCAUCAGCUACGAGCUUCAAGUGCUCGCCAUCGGCCGCGCCGCCGCAGAGCGGACCGGCCAGCCAGUCCACCCGACUUACUUGCUGGCCCCGUACCGCGUGGCCUGCGUGGCCGGAGGGAGCUUGAUUGCUUUCAUCUGGACCAUUUUCCCAUCGCCCCUGACCGAUCGGACCUGGUUGCGGCGCGAUUUAUCGGCGACGCUUUAUCUCCUGGCCAACUACUUCGGGGUCAUCAGCUCCUCUCUUCGGUCGAACGUCCGUGGCACUGCAGGCGACAUCAACAUGCCUGGAAGCCCGGCGCAUCAUUUGCACAAGGUCAGCCGUAAGAUCUACGGCAAGGUCAUGAUGUUAGUCUCAUCCAUGUCGCAACACUCCGAGUGGCAGAGAUGGGAGCCCACCGUCGGUGGCAAGUUUCCGCGCGAGACAUACCACGACAUCAUCACCCGAAGCACUCGCAUCAUGGCCUACUUAACUCUGAUAAGCUACACGAUCAUGCACCCUACACGCGUGCGCCUGAGCGACGUGGCCGACAGGGGCGACCACGACGAGCGACACCCGAGACGCUCCGGCCUACGAGGCGCCUCUCUCUCCCUCCACACCCGCUCCCGCCACCCCUCCGCUUCCCCCACCAACCGCGAAUGGCUCGGCGCCCUGGCCGAUGUUCUCGACAUCCUCAAACCCACGCACCACACCAUCCUAUCCACCCUCACGCUCCUGUCCAACUCGCUGCUCUCCGGCCAGAGCUUGCCGCCCUUCUUGCCCCUCCCGCGGCCGUACGAGAUGACGCGCCAAUUCAUGCGCAUGCGCCAGUCCGCGCUCGCGACCCCCGACCGGGCCACAGAAGACGUCGCUGACGGCGCGCCGAUCACGAUGGUCGACUCCCGCACCGGCCGCGCCGACGACUCCUGCCACCACCAUCCCGAUCCCGAUCAGGGUGUCCGGCGGCGCCAUGCCGUGGCCAACAUCCUGGACCCCAGGAACGUCGGGCAGCCCGGGUACGCCGAGUUUGCGGUGCUCCAGGUGUGCACGACGCUGAUCUGCGGCGACCUGGCCGGGUUGGUGAGAGCUGUGAGCGGGCUGGUCGGCGUGGUGGAUUUCAGCUUCCGGCUAGGCGCAAGUUACUCGAGCUUGGAUCUGCCCGCGGAGCGUGGGAAGCGAAAGGUGCAUUAGACUUCGACAUGGUGUUUGGGAUGAGCUGGGGAUCGAGAGGCACCGCGGGGCCCGCCUCGGCGUACUUGCUCUGCGUGAAGGUCGACCACAGCUGGCCGAUGAAGGAGCGGUCGUCGCGGUGGUACAUACAAGUCUCCCAGCAGCGGCUUGAUGGCCUCGGUGACCUCCUCGGCCCCGUAGAAAUGGAUCCUUCUGUUGGCUGUGUCAGCAUU